AUGCCUUGGACUCCUGAAGACCUUGAGAAAGUUCAAGAAACUUUUCGUGAAGAAAUAGAGCAGCACACAAUUACGCUUGACGUUGUUCGUAACAAAGUUGGUACAAAUAAGCAACUUCAAGGCAUGUCACCACGAAGGAUCUAUGACAAGCUCAAGAAAAGUUUAAACCAACAGUCACUGAAUGCCAAAUCUAACGUCACUGUCGACCCGCCUAAAGAAUGCGAAUCGUUGCAUGACAAAAUUGAAAGAAUAGCGGCCUGUUCUACAGAAAAUGAAAGCGUUACUCAUGGUGGACAUUCAUCAGUCAGCAUCAUUUCGCCUACCGAAAGGUCUACUGGAAUCUUUUCAGACGAAGAAGUCAUCACCAUAAAGGAAAUGUUUUCCGAUAUGAUUCUUGGCAAACCAAUUUCAAAAGCGGAAAUAGAAAAUAGGUGUUCCAAAACAGUAGAAG